AUGAUCCGUGAGCCGAAAGCGCGACCUGUGCUGGGCCUCAUCUUUAUCUUGCUGCUCUCCGGGCAUGAGGCGGCACGGAUCGAAGAGACGGUGCGCACGCAGACCAAACAAGCGACCAUGCGGCAGAUCGCGCGCAGCAGUGCCCUUGAGCGGCAAGAGCAGCGGAAGCACGGGGUUUCCGCCGAGAGUCUCCUGCAGGAGGUGAAUGCUUUGAACUUGCGAACACAGUCCGGACAAGUCGAAGUGGCCCGAGGGAGGGUGAAGUAUCACAAGCGCUCCCGCAGUCCGGGGUGCUGGCUGGGCUGCUACAAGGAUGCCUUCGCCGUCGCCCGCGCCGACCCGGCCCAGCGAGGUCAUGUGACCCUGGACAUCUACUACGAGCUGGAGGAGGUGGGCUUCGAGGCAGGCAAGGAUGUCAACGCUACGGCGGACCAUCGCAUCGUCCUGGGCCCGGACUCCCAUGUGGCGGUGAAGCAGGAUGUGGACGGCAUGCCUGGGCUGGAGGUGAGGGGCUUGCUGGACGGGAAGUACAGCACCAAGAAGCUGGCGCUUUACGAGGACAACCUCUCCAUCAAGGUGAAGAAGGCCUUGGAGGACGAGAAUGACUGGAUCCCCUACAAGGGAAAAGAGAUGGAGCUGGCAUCAGUCUGGAUGGCCAUCCUGAAGACCGCCCAGGCCCUGCGCACCUCCGUCAGCGAGGGCACCAGCCUGGUCCAGUGCAGCUACGUGCCCUCGGAGGACCAGUGCUCUGUGCCAGACUUCUGCACUCUCGAGAAGAAUCCUGACGAGGAGCCCAAGUGCCACCCCCUGGUGGGCGCGGAGCAGAACGCCGCGGCCUGGGAGAGGCUCUCCGCGCGCAUGUCUCAGGUAUCCGAGAAGCUCAGGGAGGACAACUGCGUCGUCAACUGCAAAGAUGAGUGGCAGAAGAGUUCGGCGGAACUGUCCUUCGUGAGGACCUUGCAGGAGAAGACCCGUCCCAUGGCCAACAUGACCUCGCUGGCCCCCGGCAUGCGCGCGCUGGCCAAGCACAUCUCAGAAACAGCGACCGCCCUGCAGGAGAAGGUGGUGGGCGACUUGUCCGCAACCUUCGAUCAAGCUCGCCAGGAAACAUUGUCCGCCACCAGAUUGGUCCUCAAAACCAAGGGCUGCUCGAAUCUCCCCGAAGGCGCCAUCGAGUCGCUCUUCAAAAUGAGCCUGCACAUCGGCGAGCAAAGUGAGGAGUCCCAGGCCGCCCGGCGGAGCGAGUUCCAAAGCUACGCCGAGGAGUGCCCCUGGCUCUACGAGUUGGCGGGGAUGAGCCCUGAGGACUCCACGCAGGCGAUCGCGAAGGAAGAGGAGAGCAGCGCACUCGCGAAAGAGAAAGUUGGCAACCAGACGCUGCCUGAACGCAUCACCAGUGAUCAAGCCGAAUCGCUCGAGGCGAGCACAUCCGAGGGCUCAAGGGAGUCAGGAUCCUUGCUGGAGCUGGGGCAAGCCGCAAGCAUGGAUCCCAUCACCAUCGCUGCCAUUGUGGUCGCCGGCGUCCUGGUGUUGGGCCUGCUGCUGAUCCUGUUGGGCGGCUUGCUGUGCCAGCUGGGUGUGUGGGCCACCAGCAAGAAGGCGGUCACCGACCAGGACAUGUGCAAGAAGCAGUACAAGGUGGACAUGUGCUACUCUGUGAUAAACAAGAUAGGCUGCAUCAUGGUGAUCACCGGCCUCAUCGUCCUCAUCAUCAUCGGCAUUUGUCUGAUGAUCGCUGCAGCAUCCCAAGGUGGUGGCGGUAGCGGCGGCGGUGGCGGCCACUAUCACGGCGGGGGAGGUGUGCAUCAUCAUCAUUACUAUGGUGGAGGCCCCGGCUUCUACUGGUGGUAUGUGGCCCCGGUGUACAUCCACGACGGGCGGCGCCGGGACGGGCGGCGCCGCAGGGACUAUGUGGACGCCUACUAUGGGGGCCGGACCCUGUCGUCCGAGGAGAUUGCCAAUUUUGACUACAGCAGAUGCCUGUCGGGCGCUUCGAAUCCUGUGGCUUUCUCCGCCCCAACAGUGCGGACCACCUUCGCCCCGGCCUAUGAUUCUGGGUAUGAUUAUUCGGGCCUACCCGCGGCGCGCACCACCAUGGCCCCCGUGGCCCCCGUGGUCCCCGCGGUGGCACAAACGUUUGACAACGGAGUGUGA